AUGCCACCUAAGAAAAGGCAUAAUCCCUCAAGUCAAACCUUAGAUAAUGCAAGUCAAAUAACCAAUAGUAGUGAUUCUAUAAAAACAAAAGAUACAUUACUAACACCUCCUUCAUCACCAAAACAAAUUAAAUUACCAGUUCCAUUACAAGAUGAUCUUCCAAUAUGUAAAUUUGGGAAGAAUUGUAAAUUAACAAAUCCUUUACAUUUCAAAAGAUAUUAUCAUGGGAAAGAUACUGUAAUUGAUGUUGAUAAUAUGUCUUUGCAAGACUCAAUCACGAAUAUUGCAACAAUAAUGAAACAAGAAUCACCACAAAAUAAAAUAACAUUAUUUGAUGCAUAUAAAACCUUAUUGGUUUGUGCAUUAGAAGAAAACAAAGUUAGUGGGGAAGAAAAACGGUUAAUUCGUAAAUAUCAACAUGCAAUGAAAAUAGAUAUUGAUCAACACGCAAGCAUUUUAGGUCAAUUAGGAUGGACUGAAGAAGAUUAUAUAGAUGGAUUUAGAACAGUAAAGGAUUAUGAUGUUAGUAAAGAAAUAGAGAUGUCUCAAAAGAAUGAAAUUGGAAUUAUUUGGAUUAAAAAUGGAAGUAAAGAAUUUGGAGAUGAAGGUGAAUCAGUAUUUGCUAAGGUACACACUAAAUUUUUCCAAACGAUGUCUGGGGCACAAAGUAAUUUUACUAUUAUCCAAAUUGGAAUUAUUGUUAAUAAGGCAUUAAAAAUGCAGUAUUUUGCUGAAAAAAGUAUACUUUCAAAGCGUGGAUUUGGAGAAGAAGAAUGGGCUUUUCAUGGUUCUUCUAUUGAUUCUAUUCAAGGAAUAAUUAAAGAAGGAUUUAAGUUACCAGAUGAUGUUGAUACAGUAAAAUUAGAUUCAGGGUAUUUUGGACAUGGAAUAUAUUUAACAUAUUUCAGUGAUUAUGCACUAUUUUAUUCUAAUAGCAGAAAUUCUAAUCAAAUGGUUUUAUGUCAAAUAUUACCAGGUAAUGUAUUUAAGUGUAAGAAAAGAAUGGAUGGAAAGAAGUGUCAAAAAGGAUAUGACUCUCAUUUUUCCCCAAAAGGAAAUGAGAUUGUUAUUUUUGAUCCAAAACAUAUUUUACCUAAAUACAUCAUUGAAUUUAAAGUUAAUGAUGCAAAACAAAGACAACAAGAGUAUUAA